AUGGUCAAAGAAGAGGAGGCACAGGCUGCCCAGCCGGUUGAAUCGUAUCAGGGCAAUGUCGAGAGAGGGGAUGGCUCCCGCUUCUCAUCCGUCAAGUCCUUUUAUGCGCACCCAUGGACUCAGAUUAUCCUCAUUAGUCUGAUAUGCUUCUGUUGCCCUGGGAUGUACAAUGCGCUUGGUGGUCUCGGAGGCUCUGGACAAGUCGAUCCGACAGUGGCUGCGAAUGCUACCGUGGCCCUCCUUUCCGCCACUGCUGGCACAGCCUUGUUCAUCGUCGGCCCUCUCUUCUCGUACACGGGGCCGCGGAUCUGCUUUUUGCUCGGUGGCUGGACGUAUGCGCUGUACAGCGGCAGCUUGCUCAAUUUCAACCAUCAUGACAACGGCGCGUUCGUCAUUGCGUCGGGUGCGAUCCUGGGCAUUGGUGCCUCGAUGCUUUGGGUUGUUCAGGGUGCCAUCAUGACAACUUACGUCGCCGAAUCUCAGAAAGGCCGUGCUAUUGCCGUCUUCUGGAUCAUCUUCAAUCUCGGCGGCGGUGUCGGCAGUCUCGCGUCCUUCGGGCUCAAUUUCCAUUCCAAGUCUGGCACGGUCUCCGACUCGACCUAUAUCGCCUUGAUGGUGAUCAUGCUCUUCGGCUGGGCGCUGGGGGUCUUUAUUUGCUCACCGAAACGGAUCCGCCUGGCGCAGCUCCACGCCGCUGUCGAGCGGGAGAAACACUCGUGGAGGGCCACCGUCGAGAUUGCCGUGCGGACCAUGGCGAGCUGGCGCGUCUUCUGCAUGCUGCAUCUGUUCUUCUGCGCCAACGUCUUCUACUCCCGGCCGAUGCGAGCCCGUGUGGGAUGGGUCGUACUUUUUGUCACCGGUAUGGCCAUCUGGGGUGGAGGAUAUGCGUUCCAGAGAUGGCAAGACCGACGACUCGCUGCCGGGUUCAAGCAGGAUAUCGACUACACGCAGGGCUCGGUGUCGACGGGUCCGAUCUUCCUGUACAUCUUCUACGGGGCCUAUGACGCCCUGUGGCAAGGGUUCUGCUACUGGCUGAUCGGCACCGAGUCGAACUCGACCUCUCGGGCGGCCAUUCUCGUGGGCGCGUACAAGACCUUCCAGGCGACCGGUGGCGCCAUGGCGUGGAGGAUCAAUGCGCUGCACAAGAGUCCCAUGACGCAGCUGGGCAUGAACUGGGGGUUGUCGAUGGGCUCGUUGAUCAUCGUCUUGCCGACAGUCUGGACCGUCACGGCCAUCACCAUUGAGAAGCCCGUGCGUGAUCAGGACCUGGAGCUGAAGAUUCAAGAAGUUGAAGAAGGGGUGGACAAACAGUGA